CAGCGACUGUCUCAAGACAGUGUUCUCCAGUCAAAGACUCUCAGAAUGAAGAGUCUCAAGCGUGGGCUGGCGGCUGACCCGAGUGCUGCAAAUAUCUCAAGCAAAGUUUACAUCAGAUCUGCCAGGAGCGGACGUGUCCAGAAAGUCGUGAGGGAGCAAUAUCUGAGGAAAGACAUUCCUUGCUCAUCGCAGCUAUGCUCUUUUUGCGCUUCGACAGCGGCAUCCAACGCCAGUGGAAUUGUCCCGAAGUUCAUUCUCUCGAAGCGACCGACCGGAACCAAGGCAUUCCCAAAUGGCCAUUAUCUUAUGCCAGACACCAAUGUCCUCCUUAGCGGCAUGGAUCUCUUCGAAGAGUCGGCUCAUUUUCACGAUGUCAUUGUUCUCCAAACAGUCCUUGAAGAAUUGAAGAAUAGAAGUCUUCCUCUCUACAAUAGGCUAAUGGCAUUGACACGCAGCGAAGAAAAGCGCUUCUACCUCUUCUUCAACGAGUUCCGAUCCGAAACCGCGGUUCGCCGAGCAGAAGGAGAAACAAUCAAUGACAGAAACGAUCGCGCUGUCAGAAAAGCGGCCGCUUGGUAUGCGAGCCAUCUCGCAAAAGUCGCAAAGAAAUCACUUGCGAUCGUCAUUCUCACCAACGACCAAGAGAAUAGGAAGAAGGCAAAACAGGAAAAGUUAGUCGCAUUGUCUCUCAGAGAGUAUGUUGAGGGUCUUGAUGAUGCCGAUCGGCUACUUGACAUGGUCACUCAAGGUGCCGAUGGCCAGGAAGCUCGUGCAGCUCAAGGAGAAUUGUUCUAUCCGGAAUACUAUUCUAUGUCAAAAAUGACGACAGGUAUCAAAGCCGGGACACUACAUCAAGGCGUUUUCAAUGUUUCACCAUACAAUUACUUGGAAGGCACUGUCAAAGUACCUGCAUUCGACAAGCCGCUCUUGAUCCUCGGAAGAGAAAGCAGCAACAGAUCGAUAUCUGGUGAUGUUGUCGUGGUCGAGGUCCUGCCGAAAGACCAGUGGAAAGCUCCUUCUACCCAGAUCCUUGACGAAGAAGUACUCAACAAGAAUGACAAUCCGGAGGACGAAGAGCAGGAACAGAGUGUGGUUACAGAGAACGAACGUCGCGCCCUGCAGGAAGACGUCAAACGAGCGCAUACCGCUGGCGCAGAGUCUCGAGCGCAACCUACCUGCCGCGUUGUCGGAGUCAUGAAGCGGAACUGGAGACAGCUAGUCGGAACCAUUGACGGAGCAGCUGGAACCUCGGCUGGAAAUCGACAGACUACUGUCUUCCUUGUGCCGAUGGACAAGCGCAUCCCGAAAAUCCGCAUUCGUACACGACAGGUUGGCGAGCUACUUGGCAAAAGAAUCGUCGCAACGAUCGACUCUUGGGAACGGGACACCAGAUACCCUGUUGGUCAUUACAUUCGGUCUCUUGGUGAACUGGAAACAAAAGAGGCUGAGACCGAAGCUCUGUUGCUAGAAUACGAUGUUCAAUAUCGACCAUUUCCGAAAGCUGUGUUGGAUUGCCUUCCAGCAGAAGGGCAUGGCUGGAAAGUGCCAGCUGACAAAGCACAUCCAGGCUGGAAAGGUCGGCAAGACCUGCGACACCUACUUGUUUGCUCGAUUGAUCCUCCCGGUUGUCAGGAUAUUGACGAUGCCCUACAUGCAAGGAAACUUCCCAAUGGCAACUUCGAGGUUGGUGUCCACAUUGCAGACGUGUCGCACUUUGUCAAGCCCAACAACCCUAUGGAUGCCGAAGCUACUUCUCGAGGAACCACUGUUUAUUUGGUGGACAAGAGGAUCGACAUGCUGCCAAUGCUCCUCGGGACGGAUUUGUGCUCGCUUAAGCCCUACGUUGAGAGGUAUGCAUUCUCAACGCUAUGGGAGAUUACGCCGGAUGCAGAAGUCGUGUCCUCGUCUUUUACCAAGUCGGUCAUCUUGUCCAAGGAGGGCUUUUCGUACGAACAGGCGCAGAAGAGAAUUGAUGAUACGUCGGCAACCGACGAGCUCACUCAAGGCAUGCGAACACUUUUAGCGCUGUCCCAGAAACUCCGCCAGAGACGCAUGGACGCUGGAGCGUUGAAUCUUUCCAGCCCAGAGGUCCGUAUCGAAGCAGACAGUGAAUCUUCGGAUUCUUUGGCUGAUGUCAAGACAAAAGCACACCUUGCCACCAAUUCGCUGGUGGAAGAAUUCAUGCUUCUUGCUAAUGUCACGGUCGCUAAGAAGAUUUCAACAGUUUUCCCACAGACUGCCCUACUCCGACGACAUGCCACUCCUCCUGCCUCCAACUUCACCGACCUCAGCGAACAGCUGAAACGGAUGCGCGGAUUCGAGCUUGACGUAUCCAGUUCCAAAGCCCUUGCCGAGUCACUGGAUCAAUGUGUCGACCCUCAACAUCCUUUCUUCAACACGCUGAUCCGCAUUAUGGCAACACGCUGCAUGACAUCAGCAGAGUAUUUUUGCAGCGGUUCCCAUGCUGAACCCGAAUACCGACACUAUGGCCUCGCCAGUGAGAUCUACACCCACUUCACAAGUCCUAUCCGUCGUUAUGGGGACCUGCUCGUCCACCGUCAGCUCGCUUAUGCGAUCGGCUACGAGGGCGAAGGUAGUGAGAUUGUCGAUGAGGGUCUACGAAACAAAGGCAAGCUGGAAAGAGUCUGCCAAAACCUCAACUUCAGACAUCGGAACGCUCAGCUUGCAGGCAGAGCAAGUAUUGAAUACUACGUGGGCCAGGCACUCAAAGCUCGAGCAGAGAAAACACCAGGUACGGCUAUCGACGUGGAUGGCUAUGUGAUGCGAGUGUUUGAGAAUGGAAUAGUUGUCUUCGUACCUCAAUUUGGCAUUGAGGGACUGGUCCGGCUCGAAGAUUUCCAGCUGAAAGCUGCGGAAGACACCAAGGGAGAGAGUGCCUUUGACGCCGAUAACUAUCGUCUGACAGUGUUUGAGAAGGGGCGUGAGCAGCAGGGGGUCACUGUUGAGUUGUUCCAGCAGCUGAAAGUCAGGGUUAGUUCGGAGGAGAAAGGUGGUGCGAGAGAGAAGGGCAAAAGGAGAGUCAGAAUAGUCGUCCUGUCGACUUGAGCAAAACGUAUCUCUCCGUCAAGCCGAUCAUUCUGGCUUUUGGCCAGAGUCAUAGACGACGCAGUAGGGACAUAAGUUUGUACCCUACUUCAAGCCUUUCACGCAGAGUGUAUCAAAGUGAUUGUAGUUCAAACGUA